UCAUUCAUAAUUUUAACCAAAAUUUCCCGAAUGACACAUUCGAGACAUGUGCAAAAGGGAUUCUUGGUAAAAAAUAAAACAUCCCUUAUCUCGGUUAAGGGGUUGUGAAAUGUAAAUCGUCGUUGUCUUGUAAGGGGCUUGUCAAUUUAGUUUUCUUCACUCGUCAGUGUUAUAAAUCAAUUUUUUAAAAUAUUUCAUAUUCUUCAUUUUCGUCUUCAUUUCCAAGUUAUUUUACACGUAGUUCGUCUUCUUUUUGGAGACUACUAUAAUCCUUUCUUUCUGAAUAAAAGUUCAAAAAAACUAAAUCUUCAAAUGGAAGAAAUCUGGAUGAAUGCUUGUAGAAAGCUAGAAAUAUCCGAUGAUAUAGCUCGCACAUGGUAUGAAAAAAUUCGUCGAAAAAUGGUUCAAGGUUCUGGGCGAUUCUAUCAUAAUUGGGAUGAACUUUUAUUGAGAAAAAAGGAUUACCUUGAUGAAAUGAGUUCGCCCUCAGCGACAAUAUUGUUUGCUGUAUUCUUUCAAUAUUACGAAUUCGAUGGCAAACGUAAUUGUGUUGAAAAAAAUUGUGAAGCUUUUCAAGAGUUUUGUUCGGAAGCUGGAUUAAAAGAUGAAAACAUAAUCAAGCUCACGAAGAAACUUCUUGGUGAUGAAAGUAUUGAUACAUUGCCUGGAUAUGAUGAAGAAAUCAAUCUUCUUCAGGAUUUAGAUCUAUUGGUAUUAGGUUCACCUCCAGAAGAAUAUAAUCGUUAUAGAGAACUGCUUCGUAAAGAAUAUUCCCAUUUGGAUGACGCUAGUUAUAAAAAAAUGCGCCUUAAGGUUUUAGAAACAUUCCUUAUGAUUCCAACGAUAUUUGCAACAAAUGAUUUUCAAUCGAAAUUUGAAGAAACUGCUCGUAAAAAUAUUAUCAAGGAAAUUGAAGAGUUGAAAAAUUGAUAAUGUGAAUAAUGGAUGAGUUGCGAUGAUGAAGUUAUUUAUAUUUCCCAAUAUCUAAUUGUUUUCGUUGGUUCUCUCUGUGUCCCUCAUACAAAAAAAAAACAAACCUUUAGUUAAAAUUGCUGACAACUCUAAUUAUUAAUAUCG